AUGCGACGAAAGGGUGAUAAUUGGAAUGCGAAUGAUUUAUUCCGAUUUCAAUACGGUUGUUUCGAUGGUGUUGAGGCGGAUGAAUUACGUGAGAUUUGCGAGGAAUGGCUAAAUCGACUUUAUGCGAUACCCAAAAAAUAUUGUUAUCUUGCUUGGUAUGCUUCGGCAAUAUAUGCGUGUUUCUAUCGAAUAGCUCCAUUGAUAACUGAUAUCGAUGAUAAGAAGGACCUGUGGCAGGAUGUUAAGCGUGAAUACGCCGAGAUCAUGCAAAUGGGUCGUCGUAUUUGGCGACGUCCCACACAUCCCAGUCGGUUGAGAGUUGUUUACGAUUUGGGCAUGCUUUGCGUCAGAUUUAAUGAAUUGCAUGAUGACCUGACAAUUACACUGUUCCGUGAUCUACUCGCUGAUCACAAUUCAUUUGACUUUUCGGUGCUAAAUGAAGUGGAGUAUGCUCAAUCCAUUGAUAAAACGGUUCGUCUAGAGAAUCAUGUGAUCGAUUUAUUUUUUGAGCGACGAAAAUCGAUGCUGUCUAAUCGAUCGAGUAUCAGAUCACUACCAAGCUCAGAUCGAACGCCUGGAAACAGUUUCCGAUUGCGACGAUCUCGAAACAGCAGUGACCGAAGUAGUUAUGCAGGUGCGGCAGUGUCCUCACCGACGCGUAACGACAGCUUCAGAGCACACACUGAAUCGAAGGAUAACUGCGAUCAGUUAUCGCCGAAGUCAAGUUUUCGUACUCGAAUGAACUCGUCGAGUCCUCGCGAUAGCACCACAACGCUAUCGAGCAAAAACCGAAAGUCUUCACUGCACGCAUCCAGAAGUGAACCCUCGUCACCGAAACCAUUAACAAGCACUGACACAUGUCAAGACACAUUCACAACAGAUAAAGAGAGCACUCAACAAAAAGCAACGAUAUCCGCCAGCAAUUCUUUCCGAACCAAAAAACAUUCCUCAACGAAAGAAGUGUCUUCACAAGAAGUAAUAAAAGACGCAAAGCCGUCAUCUCAAACUAAUGAAAAAGAGAAAGGAGUUGAGUCUAUCAUAAAGAAAACUGGUGUCGAACCAAUCAAGCGAAGUAGUAUCCGAAGGAAACAGCAUCUCGAUGUUACCAUUGGUGAACCCCUGAAUGAGAGUGACGAGCUGAAGGUAGGUUGCCGCAAGAGUUCUUUGAUUAUUUGUAAUCAAUUAUAA